AUUAGGUCACACAAAAGAACGAAGAACGAAAAUUGAAGAUGGCAAUGGAGAUGAGGAGAAUUUUUCUGCGGAAAUGUAAUAGUAUUCUCUCUAUCUCUUCCUUUCAUAUUUUACAUUCUAAUUCUUCUUCUUCACGCUGUAGUAAAGUAAAGGGUAGAGUUGGGUUAAAUUUUGAGAAACUCAAGUGUUUAGAUGAUGCUGUGAAUCUCUUCAAUCAAAUGGUUAGAAUGAAGCCUCUUCCUUCAGUUGUCGAUUUCUCUAAAUUAUUUAAGAAUAUGAUAAGUAUGAAGCAUUACUCGACUGUUGUUUCUCUUUUUCGCGAAAUGCAGAUAUUGGGUAUUCUAAUUGAUGGGUUCAUCUUGAAUAGUGUGAUUAAUAGUUAUUGCUUGAUGCAUCAUGCUCAUUUUGGAUUUUCGGUGUUACCUAUUUACUUGAAGAAUGGCAUAACAUUUGAUGUUGUUACCUUUACCACCCUACUAAGAGGAAUCUUUGAUGAAAAUAAGGUUAGAGAUGCUGUUGAAUUGUUCAAAAAAUUGGUGAGAGAGAAGAUUUGUGAGCCUAAUGAAGUCAUGUAUGCAACCGUCAUGAAUGGACUCAGCAAAAGCGGUCAUACUCAAAAAACUUUAAGUUUGCUCCGGUUAAUGGAGCAAGGUAACACUGAGCCCAACAUAUAUAUCUACAACAUCGUUAUAGAUUCCCUUUGCAAAGAUGGGAACUCAGAUACUGCUAUCAACUUUUUGAAUGAGAUGAAGCAAAAAGGCAUUCAUCCAGACAUAUUAACGUAUAAUUCAUUGAUUGAUGGUUUGUGUAAGCUCAGUCAGUGAAAGGUUAAAACUUUGUUCUCAGAGAUGGUGAACCUUAAUAUGUAUCCAGAUGUGUGCACCUUCAACAUACUAACAGAUGGACUAUGCAAAGAAGGGAAAGUUGAAGAUGCCGAGGAAGUAAUGAAACACAUGGUUGAAAAGGGUAUCCAGCCUAAUGUAAUCACCUACAAUAUGAUAAUGGAUGGAUAUUGUUUGUGUGGUCAACUAGAUAGAGCGAGGAGAAUUUUUGAUAUCUUGAUAGAUAAGGGCAUUGAGCCUAACAUUUUUAGCUAUAACAUACUAAUAAAUGGAUACUGUAAGAAAAAGAAACUUGACGAGGCCAUGCAAUUGUUUUGUGAAAUUUCUCAAAAGGGAUUAAAGCCUGAUAUUGUUACCUACAAUACUAUCUUGCAAGGCCUGUUUGAAGUUGGAAGAAUUGGUGUUGCAAAACAACUGUUUGUAGAGAUGGUAUCAACGGGGCCUGCCCCUGAUUUAUACAGUUAUUGUACUUUGCUUGAUGGUUAUUUUAAGUACGGACUUGUUGAAGAAGCUAUGUCACUCUUUAAUAAGUUGGAAAGAAAGACAGAAAAUAUUGAUAUUAUAUCUUACAAUAUUAUCAUUAAUGGAUUGUGUAAAAACGGUGAACUCGAUAAAGCUCAUGCUAUUUUUGAGAAGCUUUCCUCAAUGGGAUUGCUUCUGAAUGUGAGAAUAUACACUACAAUGAUAACUGGAUUUUGUUUGCAAGGGUUGUUAGAUGAAGCUAAGGAUAUGCUUAGAAAAAUGGAAGAGAACAACUGUCUUCCAGACAAUGUCACUUACAAUGUUAUUGUGCAAGGAUAUCUUAGGUGCAGGAAAAUAAAUGAAAUGGUAACUUUUAUGAAGGAAAUGACUGGAAGGGGCUUCUCAUUUGACGCAACUACAGCUGAGUUCCUGGUAGAGGCUAUUAGUGAGAAUCCUUCCAUCGUUGACAUGUUACCAGAGCUUCAUUCGGAAAUCAAAAAGAUACAUUAUCACAUACUAAUAAAUGGAUACGGUAAGAAAAAGAAACUCACCAAGGCCAUGCAGUUGUUUCGUGAAAUUUCUCAAAAGGGAUUAAAGCCUAAUAUUGUUACCUACAAUACUAUCUUGCAAGGCCUGUUUGAAAUUGGAAGAAUUGGUGUUGCAAAACAACUGUUUGUAGAGAUGGUAUCAGCGGGGCCUACCCCUGAUACAUGUAUGGUACUUUGCUUGAUGGUUAUUUUAAGUACGGACUUGUUGAAGAAGCUAUGUCACUCUUUAAUAAGUUGGAAAGAAAGAGAAAAUGUUAAUAUUAUGUAUUACAAUAUUAUCAUUAAUGGAUUGUGUAAAAACGGUGAACUCGAUAAAGCUCAUGCUAUUUUUCAGAAGCUUUCUUCAAUGGGAUUGCUUCCGAAUGUGAGAACAUACACUAUGAUGAUAGCUGGAUUUUGUCUACAAGGGUUGUUAGGUGAAGCUAAGGAUAUGCUUAGAAAAAUGGAAGACAACAGUUGUUUUCCAGACAAUGUAACUUACAAUGUUAUUGUGCAAGGAUAUCUUAGGUGCAGGAAAAUAAAUGAAAUGGUAACUUUUAUGAAGGAAAUGACUGGAAGGGGCUUCUCAUUUGACGCAACUACAUCUGAGUUACUGGUAAAGGCUAUUAGUGAGAAUCCUUCCAUCGUUGACAUGUUACCAGAGCUUCAUGCGGAAAUCAAGAAGUGAAAAGUUGUUCGCUUGGUUUGUUCGGCAGCACUAUGGCUGUGAUACAAUUUCUUUUUUAUCCUUGCAAAAGAAUUGACAUCCCAUGCAAUUGCAGAAGUUGAUGGCAAUUAGAGCGUUGCUUGAGGUUUCUAGGCAGACCUAUUGAGGAGGUAUAUCGAAUUUUGAUAUUUUGAGUUCUAUAUCUGUUUUUCUUUUUCUCAAAAAUCAAAUGUUAUUGCAUUAUUAAUGUGAGAAC